AUGUCAGCCCCGUCGAGCUCCUCGUCACCCCUCAUAUCGACCCGGCGCCGCGCCUGCACUGCGUGUCAGCAGGCGAAGCGACGGUGCGACCAACGGCUGCCCCGGUGCGGCCGGUGCACCCAAAAGGGGUUCGAGGACUGCAACUACCCUUCCCUCGAGGCCGCCGUCGCAGCCGCCGACUUCAACUUCUUCACUGACGUGCUCAGCGGCUCCGCCGGCACCCCGAACGACUCCCUCCACAAUAUGCUACCCGUCCCCGUCGUGCCAGAGACGGAGACCUCGUGGUCCCUAUUCUACGGAAACGCCGCCGCCGUGCCGCCGCCCUCGCCCUCCGUCAUGGCCCCUCCCACCAGCGAAUGCAUCUCGAGGGACGCGGUGGUCUACUGCAACGAGCAGUUCCGGUGCUUCCCGCGGCGCUGGGUCAGCCAGAACGGCGUCGCCCCCUUUAUCCACCCGGCGCUCUACCUCCCCACCACCAACGGCGCCGACGGCCUGCCGCCCGUCCUCCAGGACUGCUUCUGCGCGUGCGCGGCGUACGCGGCCAAGAACGACGAGAACGCGGCGCUCGUCCUCGGCGUCGUCGAGGCAAAGGCCACGGCGCUGCUCUACGUGCCCGAGCAGGCGACCUGGACCCUGCCGCAGCAGGUCGCCGCCCUGCAGGCCCUCGUCAUGUACCAGAUCAUACGCUGGUUCGACGGCGACAUCCGCCAGCGCGUCCUCGCCGACACGGUCGAGCCCAUCCUCGCGGCCUGGACGUCCGCCCUGCAGUCCCGCGUCGGCGCCUCUGUUUUCGUCGAGGAGGCGAUCCCCCCAUCCGUCAUCCCGGAAUCAGCACACGUCCCGGCGCAGCAGCAGUCCUCGUCGUCGACGGGGUCUUACCCGCGGCAGCGCGACAUCUCGCCGGAUAACUCCCGCUCCAACACCCCCGGCGGAGGCGGAGGGGGAGGAGGAGGAGGUGGUGGUGGUGGUGGUGGCGGCCGCUUGACGAAAGAGGAGCUGAGGGCGGCGUGGCGCCGGUGGCUGAUGGCCGAGUCGAUCCGCCGCGUGCUCAUCAUGGCGCACCUCGUCCGCGCCGUGUACGCCGCAGCGAAGCAGGGCGCCGGGUACGGCAAGCUUGGCGGUUCUGGGGCAGGCGGUGGCGGUGGAGGACACCCGCACCCGCACCCACACCACCACCACCACCACCACCAGGCCAUCGGGCUCUCGGACAUGGGGUUCACGGCGCAGACGCGGUUGUGGGCCGCCACGACGGCGGAGCGGUGGAGCCGGUCCCGCGAGGGAGACACGGCGUGGUGGGUUGGCCGCAUGGACUUCUCGGGCCUGCUCGCGCUCGCGGACCCGCGGGAGGUGGACGAGUUCACCGUCAUGCUCGGCGUCGUGUUCCGGGGCAAGGACACCGUCGAGGACUGGAUCACGCAUGGGCCGGGCUCGCUAUGA